AGACGCGUGUCUAGUUUCAGCAGUUUUUAUUCAUUUUAGGUGUACAGGACUAGAAAUAAAUUGUCCGAAUUGCAGGAUAUAGUUCGUCUGCGAUGGAUUAUAACAAAUUAAAAGUAAAUGAUUUGAAAGCUGAAUUAGCCGCAAGAAAUUUGGAUACGAAAGGUGUUAAAGCGGUCCUGGUCGAGCGUCUCAAGGAAGCUAUCGAGAAAGAAAACAAUGCGGCUCAAAGUCAGCCGUCGUUUGCUGGUGCAGCAGUCAAAAAAGUAGAACCAGGUACUCCAAAUCCUUCAACACCGGCACGCCGAAGUCGACGUCGGUCAAUGACUCGUUCUCCAUCUCCCACAAAAGCUGAAAUAUCUAUCCUGGAAAGUGUCAGUGAAGAACCAGAUCCAACAGAAACGACAGAGAUACUUGGUGCUCGUAAAAAGCGACGAACCAGAUCAAUUACAAAAUCACCUUCUCCAGUAAAAACAGUUGAAACAAAACCCCUGGAUGUUUUAGUUGAAGAACCUGAUGUUGCAACAAAAAAUUCCGAGGUAGAAAUACAAGCAGCCGAAACAAUAUCGAGCACAAAAGAACAAAAUGAAACUGAAUAUUCUCAAAAGUAUUCUACAAGUACCAUUGAAACAGAUACAUCUCCUGCAAAAACUUUAAUUGCAAGCACAGUAGACGCUAUAGACACUAAAAUAGCUACGGGUGAAAAGGAAACUGAGUCAGAUAAGCAAGCAGCAGAAAGCCAAUCUGUUUCGACUGUUGGCAAAAAAAUAGAUGUGACUGAGCAACCUGAAUCGCAAGUACCUGUCUCAGAUACAGAUAAUGCGAAUACCGAAUUAACUGAGCAUGAAAAUGAAUCACAAGACCCAGUUUCACAAGAGGAAGAGAAGGUUAUCAAAUCUCAAACUCCGAAACGUAAAUCAUCAUCGCCUGGAAAGGAUUCACCUGUCAAAACACCUCGACCUAAACCAGCCCAAGCUCCAAUUGUAUUUGUAGCAGAGGAAAACGAACCGGAACUAGAUGAUGGAAAAUUUGCGCUAAGUUGGAUUGACUCUGAUCUUAAUUUAGAAAUUGAUAGCAAAACGUUCUGUGCAGCGAAACCUCUAUCUGAUGGUGCUCUGGCACUGGUUUGGGCCUCAGCUCGCGCCAAUCUUGGAGUAACUAAAGGGAAGGUAGCUUUUGAAGUGCUUCUAACUAAAAUCAACGAAACGAAAAAGGUGACUGAGGAACCAAUAACUGCGGAAUUACGCAUCGGAUGGUCAACAAAAAAAUCAAGUUUACAGUUAGGGGAAGAUAAGCAUUCAUUUUCAUAUGGCAGCGUGGGUUCAAAAGGAACCAACGGCGAUUUUAGUGACUACGGUAUUGAGUACAAGGCGGGCGACGUUGUUGGGGUAUAUUUAGACUUGGAGUCUAAUCCAUGUACAAUUCAAUAUACAGUUAAUGGCAUUGACCAAGGGAUAGCUUUUGACUUCAAAUAUGAAGAGCUUGAAGGGCAGGCAUUAUUUCCACACAUUUGCAGUAAAAACAUUGCUUUCAAAGUUAAUUUUGGUCAGUUAGAAAGCAGUUUACUCAAUGAUAGACCUAAAGGCGGAAUAGCGGAUAACAAAACUAAUGAUGCACAGUCGAUCACAAAAGAAAAUCAGCCAGAAAGUGCAGAAUUGACAAAGAUUAAAACUUCUGAACAAGACCCGUCUAUUGUCACCGAAUCUGAUUCGGCUGUUACUGAUGCCAAGCAAGAACAUACUGAAAACGAAACCAGUGCGCAACCUUCAGACGUCACUUCACAGAACAUACAAGAGGCGAAUAAAUCAGUUUCGGAAAAUACUGCGAUUAAUGCAGACAACGAUCAAUCCUCAAUUAUCCAAUGUAUAAAUCCUGAAUUCAUUUACAUCGGCGAAUCUGUGAAGGAUAACUUGGUGUUAGGCGAACAUCGGUCAGAAGCACGGAAAGCUUGUGAAGUAAUUUUUCUCAUUGGUUUGCCUGGUAGCGGUAAAACUCAUUGGAUAAAUAAGUUUCUCGAAGAAAACAUCGAUAAAAAAUUUACCAUCCUUGGUGUUGAAUCUUUGUUGGAGCAGAUGAAGGUAUUGGGUAAACCGAGAGAACCGUCUAAUACAAACAAAUGGUCUAGAUUGAUCGAGCAAUUGUCACGCAGUCUUCAUAAGUUGAACGACAUUGCUGCUAAACGACGGCGAAAUUUUAUUAUUAAUCAGCAAACUAAUGUUUUUGCAUCCGAACAACGACGCAGAUUGCGGGGUUUUGGCGAUUAUGGUGCUAGACGUGCUGUAAUAGUAGUCCCCAGCGAAGAAGAAUACAACCGCCGGCUUAAACUGCAGACAGAAACUGGAGUUGAAGCAAUGGAGGGGAACGUUAAUGCAAUGAAAGCACAUUUUCACAUUCCUACCACCGAACAAGGCUGGUUCACUGAGAUAACGUUCGCAGAAUUGAACGAAGAGAAAACCCGAGAGGAGGUUAAGAGGUUAAACGAUGCUGGCAGAAAAGCGCUACCGAGAAAUUAUAACCGCAAUCAACAACAACGUGGUCGAGGAACGAAUCAACGAUGGAACCAGACUCACCAAGGAUACGGAAAUAACCGUUAUAGUGGACAACAAUAUCAAGGAGGAUACAAUUCUCAGCGGUAUAAUAACUCACAACAGUAUUCUCAGAAUAGAAAUUAUAGACCAGGAAACGGUUACGGCAGGCGUGAUUCCAAUUCAGGUUUUAGUGGAAGCCGUUAUAGUGGAAACACAGAUUGGACACGCAAUAGCGGACGCUACAACAAUCGUUAUAGUAAUCAAGGGUAUCAGAAUAAUCAAUCCAGACGCUAUGAUGGUAAUCGGAACGACUAUAGAGGAUACAAUAGUGGCUGGGAUCAAGAUACAAAUUGCUGGGGUGGGUAUGGCUCACAAGGAAAUGACACACAACAAUGGUAUUCAUGGUGGCAGUCAAAUGUCAAAAACUUAUUGCAGCAGCAUGGAGGCAGUGGAACGGAUAGCGCACAGCAUGUUAAUAUGGAACAGUACUGGUCCCAAUAUGCACAGCAGCAAAACUAUGGAAACUAUCCGCAAUCAAAGUCCCACGGAUCAGGAUCAUCGUCCAAGAAUAAGUAAAUAGAAUAAUUUUAGUAUACUUUGAGCUUAAGUUACGUUUUAACAACUUCCUCUCUCUCACCCACCAUCGGGAACGACACGAAAUUCACAACAGUAGAGCAGCAGUAAGAUUGCAAUUUCUGAUGGUAUAUAGUAUGAAAUCGUCUAAAUAUUAGCAAUGUAUAAGAUAAAAGCAUUCUGAAAUCAUUACUUGUUAUGAUUUUUCCUCUUUACAUGUUUUUUUUUUUGACAAGUGUAAGAUGAGAGGGGAAGGUUUUAAGCAAGGCAUAGUUUUAAUAUUGAAAUGAAAAUUUACCUAUUUAAAAAUAGGCAUCAUAUGUAUGCUGCGAGAACGAUUUGUAGCUUAGUUCAAAUUUUUAUUGGUAAAGUACUUUGUUUUACUUUGAUCCAGAUCACAAUAUCAUUAGGUCGCAGUACUGACAAAUAACCGUAGUGUGUAAAGAAAUGUUUUCGUUUAUGUGAAAAUGUACUGAGAAGCUUAAUAUUAUUUAGACCAACUACAUCGUUCAACAUGUUCAAUAUAAACUCAUGUAACUCUUAAAAUAUGUAAACAUUGUUUUUCACUUUCUUCGUUCCAACUUUAAU